AUGGCGAACGAGAGGAUGAAGUGGAACUCGACUCCUGGGUUUAUCGGGACGUCGGAAAAUUUGACGUUUUUGAACUCGGCUCCGAUGUAUUCCCGGAAAACGGCAGAGUUGGUGGUGGUGGUGGCGGCGGACCGCCGGAGGAGGAUGAGGGAAUGGAAGAUGAAGGUGGAGAUAAAUGUAUUGCAUGAUGCACCGGAAGAACUUGUUUUUAAACUGGCUUUGAGAUAUAUCCUCUUAUACGAGACGAUAACAAAAUCAAAGUUUGAGAUUCCUUUGACAAAGUUAUAUGUCAUUGACUUCUAUCAAGCUGCAUUUCUGGCAUCAUUGUGUUAA